AUGGUCUGCUCCCAGAAGAUUACUCUUUCUGUCGCUGCCGCCGUCCUUCUCGGCGUGGCUGACCAUGCAAUUGCUGCCCCCCUUCCCCGUAUGGACGUUGCUCCACGAGCGGAAGGCAGCAUUGGUGCUGCUUAUGAGGCGCCCCUCGUCCAAAGAGAGGUGGAGGCCCUGGAUGAACGUAACGUCGAGGAAGUCGAGGUCCGCGAUGUCGACGAGCGCGAUGUCGAGGAGGUCGAGGUCCGAGAUGUUGAGGAACUCGUGGAGCGUGACGAGGACCUGGAGGAGCGCGAGUUCGAAGAGCUCCUCGCCCGCGACUUCGAUGAACUGAUCGAGGAGCGUGAGUUUGACGACGAGCUCUACGUGCGCCAGUUUGGUGACGAGCUUGAGGAGCGUGAGUUCGACGACGAGCUUUACGUGCGCCAGUUUGGUGACGAGCUUGAGGAGCGUGAGUUCGACGACGAGCUCUAUGUGCGCCAGUUUGGCGAUGAGCUCGAGGAACGCGAAUUCGAUGACGAGCUCUUUGUGCGAGAGUUUGGUGACGAGCUCUUCGACGAGCGGGAUGUUGAGGAUCUGGAGGAGCGAGAGUUCGAGGAAGCUCUUGAGGAGCGUGACAUCGACGAGCUCCUUGAGCGCGACCUCGAGCUGCUCGAGCGGGAUGUUGAGGAUAUCUAUGAGCGUGACGCUGCCGAGCUCAGCGAGCGCGACAUCGACGACAUGUACGAGCGCGAUCUUCUGCUCGACGACGAUGUCUACGAGCUCGUCCUGCGCGACCUCGCCGAUGAGAUUGAUGAGCGUGACGUCGCUGACGAGAUCUACGAGCGUUACGACCUCGCUGACCUGGAGGGCCGUGACCUGCAGGAUAUGGAGGAGCGUGACCUCGACGCCGUUUCUGACUGGAUUGACUUUGCUAUCAAGCGUGGUCUGGACAUUGACUACGAGUAA